AUGGUGCUGUUUGAGGAUGAAGUGAGGAAGCUGAUGGACGAGAUGAUGAAAGUGACGAUUUUCGAGCCGUCUGAGAAACGGCGAAUGCUGGAAGAUGAAAGAAAAACUUUCCUAGAUCCGAAUGUGGUAAUGAACGCGAGGCAUAGAAUAUUUCGUGAGCUGGCAAGUUCUCCAGCAAAAUCUUCUGUCUUAGCAGAGGCUAGAAGAUUACUAACGCAAGAAAAAAUGAAAGAACUACAGAUGAAAAGGGAACAAGCUUUCAUACAGAGAGAAUUACGCAAAUUUGAGCAAGAUCUGCAAAAGUCUCGUCCUAAAUUUUGCGGAUUGUGCAGUAGAAAGAAUAUAGCUAGUUCGGAUGAUGAAAAUUUUUGGAAAACAUCCAGCAGAGUCAAGAGAAUUCUCAUUAAUAAAAGAAGAAACAAACAGAUCAAGCAAAAGCCAAUAGUCACUCAAAAGAAAAAUAAAAAGCCAAUCGCGGAAGUCUCUUCUAUCGAAUCGAAGGACAGCAAGCGAUGUUCGACAAAUGAGAUCGAGAUAGCGCCUUUUGGUAAUAUUAAGGUGACUAUCAAAGAUAAACCAAACUACGAAUCGGAAGAGCAGCGAUUAAAUAUUUUGAGAUCAUAUUUCGAAGCUCUUCGAAAGAAUGCGCGGGAUAAACGUCGUCUUUACGAAAUCAUGACUCGUAUCCAGACCAUCUUGUCGCAAAGAAAACUGAAAUCGUACAUUCAUAUAUGGAAGAUGCAUGUGAAGAAGGUAAAGGCUCAACGAGAACAAGCAGCGAAAAAUCCUGACAUACCGAAGAUCGAGUUGCUCGUCGAUACUAUCAAAGAGGUACAGAAGGAGUUAAAGUCAAAUCAUAGAACAAAACCAAAGGAUCCUCCCUCAAAUUCGAGAGAUCCCGAAUCUCUGAAGAAGAAGUUUCCUCCCAAGCCGUUCAUUGUUGAAUCGCCGACACAAUGUCGAUUGAAUGCUCAAAAAGAGAUUAUUCGCAAGCAGAGGAUGAAAUUGGCAGAACAGAACAAGAUCAUCGAGGAACUGAAGCUAAAGCAGGUGCAGGAAGCAAUAAUGAGAUCCGGCGAAGAAACGAUAAACGUAGCCAAGGAAACUCUGACCCACUGCGGUCAACAGACUAGAAGAUCUUUGAUUCAACUGAUGAGACAAGCAGGCUACAGGGACAAAUCUUUAAUAGCACCAGUUCGGGUACCGAGCCCUCCUAAAUUUCUAGCGAGAAUGGAAGCGCGAGCGGAAGCGAGGAGAGACAGAAUAAAGCUGCGCGAAGAAGCACGCCGGAAGAAACUAGAGGAUGAGAAGAGGAAAGAAGAGGUUGCCAGAAGAGCGGAGGAACAAGAGAGGAAAAGAUUGCAACAAGAGGCAUCGCGCGAAGCGAGAAGAAUGCGUGAGGAACGGGAGCGACAACGAGCGUACGAAGUAGAAAGAUGUAAGAAACUAAAUGCCAUAGCGGAAGCAUUUUAUCGCAAAUACUUAUUGCGACGUUAUAUAACCGCGCUCAUCGAAAAGAAGAAUAAUGAUAUGAAGAAAGCCGACGAUUACUAUAAGCGGUGCUUGCUGCGAAAAAUAUUCAUGAUGUGGAAGAUGGAAACAGAACGUCAAAAUAAUGUUAAAUUCGAGUUAGCUACAUCGUUAUACAAUAGAAAUUUAUUGCGGUAUGGAUUGCAGAAGUGGAAAGAAAUCUUGAAGGAGGAGAGAAGAAAGGAGCAAGUAGCGAGAGAUUUUUGCGACAUGAGAUUACAGAAUAAAUAUUUUAAAAUGUGGAAGAUAAAAAUGAUAGAAUGCAAAGUAGAAGAAUUGAAGCGUGAACAUUUAGCCUUACAAUACUACGAAAAAAAGUUGAAAAUUAAGUAUUUCAACAUAUGGAAAAGAUAUCCAGAAAUGAUACCGGUUAUCUUGGAGAGAAAGCGACUAAGAAACAUGUGGCGGGAAAUCGUGCAAGAAAUAAUUCCAGACUUUGAUCCUAGGCAAAGAGGUGUAAUAUUAGAAGACUAGAAUAACAAAUUUAGAAAUAAUUUAGAUUUAAUACUGUACGACAAUCGUUGGCCUCGAAUCUGAAUGAGGUAAGUCUUAGUCCUAAGUACACGCAAGAAUAAUAUUUUUUUAUGUAAAAUAAAAUGUAAAUCACAUU